AGCAGUUAGCAAUCGAGCUUCAUAAGAAACUUUAUUGACCUAAAAAUAUUAUUUUCAAAGUUUUACUUUGUUUUUACGAUGGCUAAAUUCCUGGUUUUUUUACUUUUGAUCGCAACUGCAGUCGCUGUAUUUUCUGCACCUGUUGAAGAAGAACAAAUUCAGCAGAAGCUAGAAAAGCAUCUUCGCUUGCCGCGGGAUACCUGUGAUCUCUCAGCAGUGGGAGCAGGUGACGCUGCUUGUACGGCCUACUGCAAAGUCAAGGGAUUCGAUGGAGGCUGGUGUGAACAGGGAGUUUGCCGCUGCCGUAGUUAGUUGGAUCAUCAAAAUGAUGCUGACACAAAAAAACCAGUGAUGAAAAUUGACGAAUGAUAUCAAUUUGAUAUUAUAACAAUGACCUUCUUCAAAAGAUAUAUAUUUUAGAUUAGAAUGUAAGUUAAAGAUAAAAUUUGCUUUAAUGCAUUAUCCUUCAUGUAAUCACAAUAAAGAUACAGCAAACUUUA